GCAGUCGAAAGGAGCAACUUCAAACUGCGUUCUCAACAUUCGCCGCGAGGGCGUCCUCGCGCGAAGAUGUCGCUGUAGAGGGACGCGAACCGCGCCGUGAACCGCGACCGCCGGCUCUUCUCACGUCGUCGCACUCCAUGAUUAACCGUAUCGUUCCGUCCAGUUUUUCCAACUGCCCGACGAGUGUUUGUAUCGUUUUGCAGUUUCGCGAGCGGCACGUCCUUUAAUACGCGAAUACGGGAAGUCACCGCGAACGUUCUCGCGCGAGAGUGAGUACGUAGCCGCCGGAUGCGGCACGUACCCCCGUUUCUCCGUAUCGUGUAACUGACUAAGCCUGUAACGGUCGGAUCUCGAGCACGCGUAGAGCGAGCGGCUAGGCACGGUUUCCUCCGAGGGACGAGAGAUUGAUGUGGUAAACGACGACGAUAAACGAUGUCACUGUUCAACAAGCCGAAGCGAAACAUACGCCGACGUCCUUUCGACGAUGAGGAUGAAGAUAAUGAGAACAGAAUGGAGGUGGAGGACGCUCAGCCAGUCAAAGUUAAGACGAAGAAGAAGGAUAAGCCAAAGCAGACGCGCCUCAGUUUCGGAGAGGAACUGGAACAAGGUGACGACGGAGAAGUUUUUAUAGUGAAGAAAUCGUCGAGGAGCAAAAAACUGAUGAAACAGCUAGAUCAGGAGAGGAGAAAAAAGAAAGGUGAAGAGAAAAUGCAAGUGGACACUGAACAAGCGAAUAAAUCCAUUAAGCAGGAAAAAGAUUUAGAAAUAAAGACAGAUGAUCUAGUAGUUAAAAUAAAAAACACAGGACCUCUGAUUUUAAAUGGACGGGCUGCAUUGGCAGCAGGAAUGGAUGACUAUACAUCAGGUGAAGAGGAAGAUGAGCCUUCCAGUCACAAAUUUCGCAAAAAUACAGAUAAAGCUGAAACUAUGAAGAUACUUCUCGAAAGUGGAUGUAUACCGGACGCUGCUAUGAUCCACGCAGCGCGAAAACGUAGACAGAAAGCUAGAGAAUUGGGAACCGAUUACAUUCCUAUAGAAGAACCGAGCGAUGACAAGAGCAAGUCGAGAUUAAUACGGGAGGAGGAUCACGAUCGUAGUGACGACGAUGAUUCCCAAGACCGACUGGAUAUGACCGUCAACACGGAGGCACGUGAUAAAGAAAAGAGGAGAGAAGCGUUCCUUGCCUCUCAAGCUCCAAUGAAAUUUUCAGAUAAUGAGAGUGAGCACGAUAACGAGGAGGAGGAGUGGGAAGCUCAGCAGAUUCGGAAAGGUGUGACCGGUGCCCAGAUUGCAGCGGCGCAGCAAGAUUCGAUGUUGCAACAGCACUACACGAUGGGUAUGAAUGUUAAUGAGAUGAUGGGGACCGGUGUACCUCUGGAAAUGGUGUUAAUGCCUGCGCCACCGCCGCCACCGUCCAUUCAGCCGCCAGAUCCGACAAAGAUCGUGCCGGUCACACCGCAGGAAGUCGUGAGCCGGAUGCGUGCAAGGUUGGACAGUUUGAAAGAGGUGCAUAAACGACAUGAGCAAGAUCAGGAGCACUUAGAGCAAGAAUUACAGCAAACCAUGAAAGAACUGGAAGAAGGCGAAGUCCGUACGCCGCACUUCGCACAACGCUUCAGAUAUUACCAAGAGUUGCGUGGGUAUGUCACUGACUUGGUAGAGUGUCUUGAUGAGAAGCUUCCCCUGGUUAUCGAAGUGGAGCAACACUGGUUAAAUCUGUACGGUGAUCGCUCGACCGAAUUGAUGGAACGCAGACGGCAGGAUACGAGGGAUCAGGCAGAAGAGAUAACUACCGCAGCAAGAGGUCAAGCAGUGCGAAGAGGACCGGAAGUGGAGGCUCACGUACGACGAGCUACAGAGAGAGAGGGUAGGAGAGCUCGUCGCAGGAGAGCGAGAGAAUUGGCUUCGAACAUACCGAAACAUAUCGAUGGCAUGUCCAGUGACGAUGAGGUUACUGAACAGCAAAAUCUUGCAUUUAAGCAAGCGAAAGAUGAAAUUGAUAAUAAUUGUCAGGAUAUAUUCUCCGACGUGAUGGAAGAGUAUUGUACGGUACGUGGUAUUCUUUCAAAGUUCGAAUCGUGGAGAGAAACGGACAUAGACGCGUACAAGGAAGCCUACGUGUCGUUAUGUUUACCCAAAAUUAUUUCGCCGAUUAUCAGAUUGCAAUUAGUAACUUGGAAUCCAAUUAUGGAAAGCGCCGAUAUAGAAAGAACAAAAUGGUACAACACGUUGCUCCUAUAUGCUCUAGACAGCAGAGAAACGGAGGAGACAUUGAAGCGAGAUCCAGAUGUCAGAUUAGUGCCGUCUACGAUUGAAAAGAUCGUGAUACCAAAACUGACAUCGAUUAUCGAAAAAGUAUGGGAUCCAAUGUCGACGUCGCAGACGUUACGCCUCGUAGGAACCAUAAAUCGUUUAAUCAAGGAAUAUCCGAAUUUAAACGACACGAGCAAACAAUUAGAAACAUUAUUCAACGCUAUUUUAGAUAAGAUUAAGGCCGCUGUAGAGAACGAUGUUUUUAUACCUAUUUUUCCAAAACAAGUUUGGGAUACGAAACAUCAAUUUUUCCAAAGGCAAUUUGCGAUGGCUGUUAAGUUGUUACGCAAUCUGCUAAGUUGGCAAGGUCUCCUCGGAGAUAUGCAGUUAAAGAACUUGGCAUUGGGCUCGCUUUUGAAUCGUUAUCUAUUAGCUGGAUUGCGGGUUUCCUGUCCAACUGACGCUUUAUUCAAGGCAAACAUGAUCAUGAGUACACUACCAAGGACAUGGCUGCAGGGAGAAACUAUAGAACAUCUCAAAAUGUUUGCCGCCCUCAUCCAACAACUCAGUGAACAAUUGGAUCAAGCGAAUCCCGCACAUAAUGAAGCCUGGGAAUACGCGAAGUCCAUCCUGAAAAUAAUCAAGCCCUUAUAAUAUGCUGUUAUGUAUAUCAAUAUCGCACAUCUUUGCUCUAGUACUAAUAUGCUCCUGUUAAUAGUUUUAUACAUAUAACAUCAGUCCAGCAGGAUUCAUGUACAUGAUGCAUUACAGUAAAUUAUUAAAUGUAUGAUACACACGCAAUGCAGUUUUUGUAUAAUAAUAAAUAUCAAGUAAGACCA